UGAAUAAGCAAAGUGAACAGUUGUGCGAAAACACAGCAAACCAAACACAAGCGAAUCAUUUCUAUUGAAUAGAAAGAAUAAACCAAGUGAUUUUUUUUGUUGAAAAAAGUAAAUUAUAAAAGAACAAUUACUCAAGAUGUCAGAACAAGUUGAAACCUUCGCUUUCCAAGCUGAAAUUGCUCAGCUCAUGUCAUUGAUCAUCAACACCUUCUAUUCGAACAAAGAAAUUUUCCUUCGUGAAUUGAUCUCAAACGCAUCUGAUGCUUUGGAUAAAAUCCGUUAUGAAUCACUCACCGAUCCAUCAAAGCUCGACAGCGGCAAGGAAUUGUACAUCAAAAUCAUUCCAAACAAAGCCGCUGGUACCCUCACCAUCAUCGAUACUGGUAUCGGUAUGACUAAAGCCGAUUUGGUUAACAACCUUGGUACUAUCGCCAAAUCCGGUACAAAGGCAUUCAUGGAAGCAUUGCAAGCUGGUGCUGACAUUAGCAUGAUUGGUCAAUUCGGUGUUGGUUUCUACUCUGCCUACUUGGUUGCUGAUAAAGUCACCGUUACAUCGAAACACAACGAUGAUGAACAAUACAUUUGGGAAUCAUCAGCCGGUGGCUCAUUCACCAUCAAGUCUGACAACACCGAACCAUUGGGUCGCGGUACCAAGAUUGUUUUGCACAUCAAGGAAGAUCAAACCGAGUACUUGGAAGAAAGCAAAAUCAAGCAAAUCGUUACCAAGCACUCGCAAUUCAUUGGUUACCCAAUCAAAUUGUUGGUCGAAAAGGAACGCGACCAAGAAGUAAGCGACGACGAAGCUGAAGAUGAAAAGAAGGAAGAAAAGAAGGAAGAGGAAGAGAAGAAAGAGGAGGGUGAAGAACCAAAGAUUGAAGAUGUCGAAGAUGAAGAAGAAAAAGACAAGAAGAAGAAGAAGACCAUCAAAGUGAAAUACACCGAAGAUGAAGAAUUGAACAAGACCAAGCCAAUUUGGACCCGUAACGCCGACGACAUUUCACAAGAGGAAUACGGUGAAUUCUACAAAUCGCUCACCAACGAUUGGGAAGAUCAUUUGGCCGUCAAGCACUUCUCCGUUGAAGGUCAAUUGGAAUUCCGUGCAUUGUUGUUCGUCCCACGUCGUGUACCAUUCGAUCUCUUCGAAAGCAAAAAGAAGAAGAACAACAUCAAAUUGUAUGUGCGUCGUGUCUUCAUCAUGGACAACUGCGAAGAUUUGAUCCCAGACUACCUCAACUUCAUCCGCGGUGUUGUUGACUCCGAAGAUUUGCCAUUGAACAUUUCGCGUGAAAUGUUGCAACAAAACAAGAUCCUCAAGGUCAUCCGCAAGAACAUCGUCAAGAAGUGUUUGGAAUUGUUUGAAGAAUUGGCCGAAGACAAGGAAGGCUACAAGAAGUUCUACGAUCAAUUUAACAAGAACUUGAAAUUGGGUGUGCACGAAGACAGCCAAAACCGCACCAAAUUGGCCGAACUCAUCCGUUUCCACACAUCCGCAUCCGGUGAUGAAUACUGUUCAUUGGCCGAUUACGUGAGCCGCAUGAAGGAAAACCAAAAGCACAUCUACUGCAUCAGCGGUGAAAGCCGUGAACAAGUUGCCAACUCGGCCUUCGUUGAACGUCUCAAGAAACGUGGCUAUGAAGUUGUCUACAUGACUGAACCAAUAGAUGAAUACGUUAUUCAACAAUUGAAGGAAUUCCAAGGCAAACAAUUGGUGUCGGUUACCAAGGAAGGUUUGGAAUUGCCCGAAGACGAGGAGGAAAAGAAGAAGCGCGAAGAUGAUAAAGUCAAGUUCGAAAACUUGUGCAAGGUUAUGAAAUCCGUGUUGGACAACAAAGUCGAAAAGGUCGUCGUUUCACACCGUUUGGUCCAAUCACCAUGCUGUAUCGUUACAUCGCAAUACGGUUGGUCCGCCAAUAUGGAACGUAUCAUGAAAGCUCAAGCCCUACGUGACACAUCCACACUCGGUUACAUGGCCGGCAAAAAGCAUUUGGAAAUCAAUCCAGACCAUCCAAUCGUUGAAACAUUGCGUCAAAAGGCUGAGGCCGACAAAAACGACAAAUCUGUCAAGGAUUUGGUCAUCUUGUUGUUCGAAACCGCUUUGCUCUCAUCUGGAUUCUCAUUGCAAGAACCACAAGUUCAUGCAUCACGCAUUUAUCGUAUGAUUAAAUUGGGUCUUGGCAUCGACGAAGACGAACCAAUGGCCGCCGAUGACAUCCCAGCCGCUGGUGAUGUGCCACCACUCGUUGAUGACGCCGAAGAUGCAUCACACAUGGAAGAAGUCGACUAAAUUAAUUGCAAAAUUAAUUACACUUAGCUCAUAAAACGUCAGCUUCACAACAUUCUGCAUCCACUCUCAAUUCAUACAAAAUUCUUUCUUUUCGUUCCUUACCAAAAAAAAAAACAAACAAAACAAACUUCAUUUGCCGCGUUGUAGCGGUCUCAAUCAGUGUUUGAAUCCUGAUUCAGACUGAUGACCAAACACAAAUGCUUCGUGAACGAACACCAUUCUGAAGCAACCAAUCAUUUAUUUUUACUAAACUAACUUCAUUUUGUAUGUCCCAUUUUUUGUGUUCGAAGGUUUAAUUUUAUUUUCCGAGAAAGUAAUCAUAAUUUCCCUUCUUCCAUUGGUGAAUUACAAAAUGAAUAACCGAACGUUAAAAUAAUGUAACCAUCUAAUGAAAUAGAGUUAAAUAAAAA